CUGAUCGAUCGACUAGCGAGUGGUCUGCUGCAACAUGGAGAAGACUGUUGAGAAAGAUGGGGAUGUUAUUAGAACUUCAAAAGAUACAGAAGACAAAGGAAUGAAAAGUUUUAUAUGGAAUCCAUCGACGAAAGAAUUUUGCGGCCGAAACGGUGCCAGUUGGUUAAAAAUCACCGUAUUCUACAUUAUAUUUUACCUACUACUGGCAGGAUUUUGGACUGUUAUGCUUCUAGUAUUUUACCAAACAUUGGAUUAUUACACACCUAAAUGGACAUUAGAUGGUAGUCGAAUCGGUUCAAAUCCAGGUCUUGGAUUCCGGCCCCUCCCCCAUCCAGACAAUGUGGAUAGUACUUUGAUUUGGUUUACUCAUGGUGGUGGUUCAUCUGGUGGAUGGAAUUAUUGGAAAAAUUCCUUAGAAACCUAUCUGGAACCUUACAGAGGCGGAAGACAAUUCGGUGAAUAUGUUAAGUCCUGCAAUUUUGAAAAACGUGAGACUGAAAAGCAUGUGUGCCAAGUAGUAUUGGAAGAUUUUGGUAAUUACUGCACUGCUGCAAACAAUUUCGGCUACGAUGUUGGUCGACCGUGUGUUUUGUUAAAAAUUAAUAGAAUAUAUGGCUGGGAACCAGUUCCUUACACAAAUGACACAUUUCCUUCUACAAUUCCUGAUUAUAUUAGAGAACAUUAUGACCCUAGAUAUGUAUAUAUUUCAUGUGCAGGAGAGAACCCAGCAGACAAAGAAAACAUGGGUCCAGUUCGCUAUUACCCGGAGAGGGGAGCCAUCCCACGCUACUACUUUCCAUUCACCAAUCUGGAUGGCUACCUCUCUCCCUUCGUGUUCGUCCACUUUGAGCGUCCAGUAUCGGGAGUGCUCAUCAACAUCGAGUGCAAGGCCUGGGCUGCCAACAUCUGGCACGAUCGGACUGAUCGCAUGGGCAGUGUGCACUUUGAGAUGCUCAUUGACUGAUCGAGUCUCUUGUCUAUCCUUUAUUUUUUCCUUUUCGGUUUUAUGCUUGACCACUCGUCUCACUUUCUAGAAGAGGAUUUAUUUUAGAACUGGGAGGAAAACGGAAAAAAAAAGAUAAUGUAUUCUCACUUUGUAGGUAUGAGGAUGUUCAACCAUUCGGGGUGUUGUCAUGCAUGCUCAGUAGUAUUAUGAGCUCUGAAUUGUUUUGUAUUGGAUAUAGUGGCUUAAGUUAUGUUUUGCGUAUUGAAUCAACUGGUGUUGUGUGUUUUUUGUUGCAUUUUAUUUGGCUGUUCUUCCGUUUAAUAGUUUUCAUAGUGUACCUCUUGUAAAUGUGUUUGCGUAUAAAACCAAUGUUCUGAUUUCUAAAUGCAUGCCUGGCAAUACAUCUGAUAAUAAAUUAUCCCCUAAUUUUAUUUUUUAAACUGCAUGAUUUGCUUACUAAUAAUUCCUAAACCAACAUCUAACUAUAAAUUUAAUGGUAAAUUAGUUAAAAUAUUUACUGGUUUGAGGUCUUAAAAAAUAAAAAUUAUAAAAAACCCUUCCUAUCACUUCUUUCUUGCAUUUUAUUUUCGUUUGAAUUUCUCAGAAUUGGCAAAUUAUUAUUCAGAAUUAAUUUGGAAGAAUCAUUGAUUUUAUUGCAAUUAUGUUUAGAGGCUGUCGAAAAUUUAUUUGGUUUCGUGCUCUUCAACAAAUUAGAAAUUCAAAUGAUUGAUCUUAUCUUUCGGGUCAUAAAAUUAAAAUUUGAACGGUUCGGUACUUUUUUGGUGCUCAAACCCCCUACAUUCUUUCUUGGGUGCCCAAGUACCUCCCUGCCGAAUUUGGUCGAGAUUUGACGUAUAAACUGUGGAUUUGUAUAGGGAACAUACACAAACACACACACACGCAUGUAUAUUCUGUUUUAUUUUGUAGAUUCUCCAUGAGAAUAAAAUUUUGUUUCAAGUGUCUAUAAAUUCUGAAAAAUUUGCUAUUUUUUAGAUGACCUAAAAUAAUUAAAGCGUAGCAAGCUUUGUUUGCUGCUUCAUUGGUUGAACACCCUCAUUAUAGAUAAAUGCUGCCUCUUAAUUAGAUUUCAUAGUUAUCAUUGACUUGUGCCUAGCAGUGUGACUUGGUCACUCAUUAUCUGUAUUACAGCUUAGGGAUCUCCUGCCAUAGUAAAUGAGUGAGGGACAAUCGCCUCUCAAAAAACCUGUUUUCUUCUUGAUUACAGUUGCCCCAUUAGACAAUGCAUUCACUGUAAAUAUAAUAAGGACAAUAGGGAAGCAAGCAAAAAAAAAUCAUAACAAAACUCGAUUGAAUAUUUAUCUUGGCAAAUUUCACUGGAAGUUUCUAUUUUAAAAAAUACCGAAGAUGACACCUCUAGUGAACUUUGCAGCUGAUAUGUUUUGAUGAUUGUUUCUCUGUUUUUCUCAGGGUGUCUACAGUUCAUAAAUGUCAUAAGUUGGAAGAUGAAUUGUAAAAUUUAGUACCUAGCUACAUAUUGUUCUUAUGGGAUGCUAAUCCUAAAGAUCUACAUUGUUUAAAUUUAUUCUUAUGAUGUAUACUAUACUAGGACUGGACGAUGUAAGGAAUUUCUACAUUGUGAUGCAUCACCAAUCUCAUAUCGUGAUGUUGCGAUUCAUCACGAUAGUGUUUUUCCCCCUUUAAAAUUUUACUAAAUUUUCUUGUUUAAAUUUUACAAAAUAAAAACAUGAUAUAAAAGUUAUAUGUUAUGCUAGACAGAUUCUUGUGCCAGGAAGAAGUAAUCUAAAAAAUGUGUGCUGCAUCACUCAGCCAUUACCCAUACAAAAUUGCCCUUUGUGAGCAACAACUCUUCAGAUUAGAACUUUUUUGUAAAGAUUUACAGAUUUUAAUGCCAGCUUUCAGACCUUUCAACAAAGCAGAAAAUGUUUCUGAAAGUAAUUAUAAGAAUUUAUCGGGUCAUGUGGAAUUUGUGAGUUUACAUUUACAAGUUUCUGUAGACAUCCCGAUUUCAUAAAUUUAAAGGAAUUCUUAUUAAAUUUACUUUUUCUUUCGAUUAUUAUUAUUAUUAUUAUUUGCAUUUCUUAGAUCUAAAUUCUGUGUAUUAUCAAUAAACCUUUUUAAUGUUCUUAGAAAACAAAUAAUGACAUAUUUUACUUUUACCCCUUCCCAAAUUUAUUUGAGAAUAUAUAAAUUAUCUCAUUCAUGCAUUAAUUUUUACUUCAUAAAGUAUUUACUCCAAAAUAGGCUGUUCCUUAAAUUAGAAAUCUACUGGUAUGCGUUGUGUGAAUGAGACUAGAUUUUUCUCCCUUAACAUUAAAACCACAAACUAGUUAAGGAUGGUUUGAUCAUUAUGAUAUCUUUCUACCUAAAUAUCAUUCCAUGGUGUCCGAAUCAUUCCAAUGAAAGUUAAAGUAAUUAUUUGAGUGUAAAUUAAUUGUGAAAGUCUUGGACUUAUAAUAUAAGUAAGCAUCCAGCAGAAUUUAUAAGUGGUUAGCAUUAAGUUUAAAAAAAAAAAGUUUCCCCCAUAGCUUGAAAUUUGUAUUUCAAAGUAUAAAAUUGAGUGCUGUUUAUGUAUUUGGUAAAAUCAACUAAGGUGUGCCACGCGUUUAGUAUAGAUUUUUAGAGAAUAGAAUGAUUAUCUGAUUGAAUUUUAUUGGAGGAAUUUAUCUCCCGCAAUCUUUAAUGAUCCUAGUACGAAAGCCAUUAGUUUCAUCUAAAGCAGCACUGACAACACAUUGCACCAAUUUAACUCCAUAUAUUAACUUUGUUUGGUGGACUUUAAGUACAAAAUGACAUGAAAUUAAAGUGUGGGAUUUCAGUGAUUUUUCACGAGCUGCAAUGUCUUUCAUUACCCUGCCCUGUUGCAGCCAACAUACCCGAGAAUGGUUCUUGCAUUUCAAUGGUUAUUGGUAUCAUCAAAAUGCAAUUAUGUUAAUAUAUUUGUGAAAGAGUUGACAAUUAUUUUCAGAUUGUUAUUUUGUUGUGAGAUAUAAGCAGUCUUGUGAUUGAUUUCAUGUACAUUUGUACUGGCUCCUCUUGUAAAUAUCUCCUAUGUUAUUGACUGGCUCCCAUUAUUCUCAGAUAUUACAUGGUGCAGGAUUGGUCUUUACUAUGUUGCCAUACAUUUUAAUAAAAUUAACGUUUAUAGCUCAGAAAAAUUCUUAUAGAUGAAGUUAUGUUCUAAGAUGUGAUUUUUAUCCUAACACUGAUAUCCUAAUGUUUGCAACACGACCAUAUGCAAGUUUGAACCUUGGAGUUAUUUCUCACUCUGAAUAAUUUCUUGUACCUUUAAUAUUCCAUACUCACUGCCAGUCAAUGUGUUGAUGUGGUGUAUCAAAAUUUUAUUUUAACUGCACAUUUUUAACAGUUGUGUUUCCAGAUAAUAGAUUGAAAGGUGUGCCUUUUAAAGUGUGAGGAAAGUGAAACGGAAAAUAUAUUGUUAAUACAAAAGACUUAAUAUUUUCAAAGUGUUUCUCUUAAAUUUAUUUAGGGUUACUAUUUAUUUGUCUGAUGAAUCCGGAGGUUUUUGAUGUCAUUUUCAUACACCCAUAGAUCUGCUAACUUCUUUUUUGCAGACUUGGUUGUUCUUCGAUUGUGGCAAUAUAGUUGAUUUUGUUUCAGUUAGUAUUUCAGUUACAAUUUUAACAUAUUUGAGCAUAGUAUCUUUCCAAAGCUAUGUUUCUAAUUUCCUUUUCCAUUGAUUUUGAAAUACUUAAUGUUUCAUUUUUAUUCAUCUACUUGAAAAUAAUUAUUACUAAAAUUGAGACAAAUAUUUCUUUUGAUCGUUAUAAAAGUGUCUCUAUUAGCAUAAAAUCAUUAUCAAGUGCUUUUUGCACUUUUAUCAGUUACAUCUAGUCAUUUAAAGCAUUUCAUAGCAAAUGCAUGAAAGUUGUCUUUUCAUGAUGUAAAUAGUGCUUGUUUUAUAUUUUUUGCAUCAUUCUUAAUCGAAUGUACAUUGUGAGCUUGGAAGAAAUAAAGAUUCUUGAAGUAUUUUAUACAAAAUGCUAAUUUUUGAUUUUUGCUAUUCUGUUGUAAAUACCUAGUUAUGGCAUGUAUAAGGGCAUUAAAAAUGAAGAAAUAUUUUCAAGAGGUUAAAAAAAAUGUCUUUCUGCCUGUGACGAUAUUCCGCAAAAAGAAAAAAGGUCUAUGCGUGAAGCACAUAAUACCGUAUCGCAUUUGGUAUGCUACGAUACCUGCCGUGAGUAUGUAGAUACGUAGAUAUCUAGGGUUGUAUUGCCUCAGUUACAAUCAAAAUGUCAUAAAAGGGGAACAUGUUUUUGUGAACUGUAAGACAAUCUUGAUAUUUUUAGAUUGGCCAUGAUUGUACAUUUUAAAAAACUUCUGAAUCGCAUGUUUCUUUCUGGCUCACUUGAUAUCUCAUUCAGUUGAUACUUUCAGGAUCUGCUAAGGACUUCACUUUUCAUAGUUGAUACAUUGUUUUAAUUUUACUCUGCUUUUUGUCCAUAUUUUGAGUUAUGACUGAGAACUGAAAAGAGACUAGUAUGUUGAUUUUUGCCCAAGCUGUAUGCUGCAGUAGUGCUAGCAAAUAACUGAAGUAAGAAAACUCAAAUUAGAUUGCAACCAACCCUUACUAAAUCAUCACCUCACCAGAACUGGUUUUAUCUUUAAUAAAAUGAAUUUAUCAUAUUUAAAUUACAUAUGUGAGCUAAAUUACACUGCCUAUUAAUCACAUUGAUUUAUGGUUUUUCAUUUACAGUAGUUGAUGUUUAUAACAACCUUUCUUGAAUGUUUGUUUUUGCAUUCGACUCACAAUAACUUAAAAUUUUAUAACUGAAAUAUUCCUUUAUCUUGGAAGUUUUUAUUGGGUCCCAAACUCUUGAGAAGGCUGGGAGCUUCCCAUGACUUGAAGGUUUUAGCCGGUUCUUGACUACUUAGUUAUCAUCAAGAGCUGACUACAUUUGAUAUUUUAUUCAUUCCUCUCCCAAUUGUAAAGUUUUCUCUUCCUUUAUUUAUACAAAAUUAUUUUAAUAGAAAGUUAUGAAGAUUUUUCGUGCAUAUAAGUACUAAUUGUGAAAUAAAUAAGAGAUCUCGAGUUUUUGUUAGUUUUCAAAUUCUAUUUUACUAUAUAAAAUUUUGUGUCUUGUUUUUGUUAAUUGGACUAUGCAAAGUGUCCAUAAAAGCCUCUACGGCAGUUUUAGUGAUGAUAUUAGAAGGGUUUGUACUGAGCCUGGUAAAAUGGCUCAUGGAGCAUACUGAAAAAGGUAUGCGAAAUUGACAAUUCUUUCAUUAAGUUUUGAAGGACGAUCUGCCAAUCUUACAUUUUUUUCAUACUGAAUCUCCCAUCAACACUUAGCAUUUAAAUUAGGGGUCCAUUUUGCGAUACUUUUAAUUCCAUUUUAUUCUUUUUGUGUGUGUGUUUUUUUUUUUUUUGGUGAAGAUAAGGAUCUAUAUACUGUUAAUGGCUUUUAUUUUCAAAGCCAAUCAUGUUAGAUAAGUAUUUAUUGCAUAUUUCCUAAAGCUUGUUAUAAUCGACAACAAAUGGCCAGUGUGAUUUGCUGCUAUUAAAACGUAGUAGCUGAAGAUAUAUUUGCCCUUCUUUAUUAAUGUAUUAUUCAUUUUAUAUCGAUAUGCAAUUCGGCAGCCAAAUGGGGCUGCAAAGAAGAAAAUCCCCAUUUUUUGUUGAGGGAGGAAGUUUUUUGUAAUGCAUUUAAAACGUAAAAAUCGUAGCACUAAGCUGCACUUGAUUUUUUGUUAAAGUACCAAAAUUUGUUAGAAUAUUGAAGGAUUGUUUUUUUUUUUUUUUUUUUUGUAUUUAUUCAUGCAUUAACAAUCCACAAAAAAAUUAUUUUGCAUUUCGUGGUUUGUGAUUCUUAAACAAAACAAGCCAAUUGGUUGACAUUCUUUUAAGUAUUAAAAUUGUGACUAAUGGCAUUAAAACUAAACAAUAAGAACGAAAAAUGAGAUUCCUAACCAAGGUAUGAGUUAUUCUGUCAUGAGUUAUUUUGUCACAUAAUUGCAUUGUAAGCAGUAUCAUUGUGAAAUUGUUGAAUGUGUUCAAAUUACUUUUAUUGAAGCAAAACAUUACUUGUGUAUCAUUUUUCUAUGUGUAUAUUGUUUGUAAAAUUAUAUUGGUCUAAUUUGUGAUAAAUAUUUUUAUUAUUUUCACCGGUGAGUGGUUUAUCAGUAUGUUAAAUUAUUUUUGACAAAUAUAUCUUCUGAAUGUUUGAUGUUGCUUAUGCCGUGGAGUUGUACGAUUGCUACACAGAAAUAUAGAUUGUCACAGUUACAGUUAUGCUCUAGCUCAUUCUAUAUUCUAUUAAGAAUCUCACUGAGAAAGAGUUUAAAAUGGAAAUAAAUGCUUAAGUGUACUUUUAUGUAGUAAAGAAAAAUAUUUCAAUUAUAAAAAGAUAAUGCCAUGACAUUGCAGGACAAUUUUUAUCUUUUAAAACUUUUAAGACUUCAUUGUUGUAUUCCAUGUUGUACUUAUUUCAUGUUUGUUCCAUUUCAAUUAUUUUUAUAUUCUAUUUUACUUUGUUUGAAAGUCAAAUUUUUUGAUUUUUAUAGAAAUGCUUAGUACUUAUACUGAAAAUAAAUUAUUAGAAUGA